UUCCAAGUUUGAGUGGGGGGCUCUCUUGCUUUCCUUCUUUACUUUUCAGCAUCAAUCAUUUCCUUUUGGCACUCUCCAAUUCUCUUUUGAAUCCAAAAGCCACCCCCUCAGAAGAAGAGAAGAGAGAGAAGCUUCUUUCAUUUUCCUGCUUCUUCUUUGAGCGCUCCUUUCAUCCCAUCCAUGGCUUCUGAGACAGUUGUGCCUGAUCAUCACACUCCUGAUGAAACGGUUGAGAAGAAGGAGAACGAAGAGAACAAGAUAAUCAAAGAGGAGGAAACAAAGGAACAGAUCACCAAAGACAUUGAAUCCGAGAGUCCAGAUAUCCCGGUCCCUAAAGCAGAAGAACUGAUGCCUGAGGAGCAGAUAAAACCUGCUGCAGUGGAUGAAGGUGGAGCUGUUUUGGAGGCACCUUCUGAAGCUGGCUUGAAGGCGGAAGACGUUUCUGUAGUGCUGAACCGUCCAGAUUCAGCAACCAAGCCUAUUGGUACCCAACCAGAGGAUACAACUGUAACCAAUGUGCCUCAGGCGGAGACACCAAUUGAAGUUGUUGGAGACGAACAAGAGGAGAAAGAAGUCGAGGUGGUUGCAGAUGAACCAAAGGAUAAAGAAGUCGAGGCAGUUGUUGCAGCUGAACCAAAGGAAAAAGAAGUCGAGGCUGUUGCUGCAGCUGAACUAAAGGAGAAAGAAGUCGAGGCGGUUGUUGCAGAUGAACCAAAGGAGAAAGAAGUUGAGGCACUUGUUACAGCUGAACCAAAGGAGAAAGAAGUUGAGGCUCAGGCAGUUAAACCAGAAGAAAAAGAAGCAGUGGUUGAAGAAGUUAAAGUUGAAUCGAAGGACGAACCUGCGAUUGAAGAAAUCAAAGAUAAGGCAGAGGACAAAGCAGUUGUGGUGGAUGCAGCUGAGAGUAAAUCCAAGGAAAACCUGGCUAGUGAAGAAGUUGCAAGUAAGGUGGAGGAGAAAUCGGCAGCUGAAGUGGUUGAAGACGAAGUAAAGGAGAAGCCUGCAAGUGAAGAAGUCGGAAAAGAACCCGAGGAGAAAGUCGUGGAGGAAGCUGAUGCCAAAGAACCGGAAAAAGGAGCGAUUGAAGCUGUUGUAUGCGAACCAAAAGAAGAAUUGGUUGUUGAACCAAUCAAAGAGAAGGUGGUUGAUGAGCCGAAAAUAUCAGCCACUGAAACCAGCGAGCUGACUGAAGCAGCAGCCAGCAGCGUGGCCGAGCCGAGAGAGGUAGCAGAAGCAGAAACCAAGGUAGGGGAUAAACCAGAGUUGACCAAAGAAGCAGAGGAUAAACCCCAAGAAGUCACCAAUGUUGUGGAGAAUGUGCUGGAGAGUGUUGAGGAAGUCAAGCCCACGGAGAAGACAGAGGUUAAGGUAGCAAGAAAUCUCAGGUCCGUGAUGGAUGAGUUCGACGGCGUCACAUCGUCCAAGGCAGAAAAGAUUGAUGAGGCGCCUGCUGUUACAGAAACCAAUUUUACCGUCAUUGAGGAAGCUCAAGCUGUUGUUGAGAAGGAAGUUCCUGUGGAUGCAAACGGUCAACAAAGCGCAUCUGCAGUGGAUGGCAUUCCAGAGGAGGAAGCCAAAGUCGAGGCGGAAAAGGAAGAAGAAAAGAUCGAGAAACUCAAGGAGAAAGACGAAGAAACCAGUAAAGAUGAGGUGAAUAAAGUGGAAAAUGUGAGUGCCGUAACUGAGCAAAGUUUGACUGGCGCUGCUGAGUUGGAGAAGGAAGAGACACCGGCUCCAGUCGAAGCAGAGGAAGCCAAAGAGGUCAAGGCAGAGGAGGCCGAAAAUGGCGUUGCAAAAGGUGACGAUGAAGAUGCAAAACUCGCGCCUCCUCCAAGUGACGAGCCUGCAAAGGACGGCCAUGACACCAAAGCGUCAAGGGACCUGCCUGCACAAGAGGUCUCAGGGAAAAAGCAGUCGGGUAACAUAAUGUCGAAGGUGAAGCAAUUAGGCGUGAAGGUAAAGAAAGCCAUCGUCGGUAAAUCCCCAAUCUCGAAGACGCCGAUGACAGAGGCCAAGGGCGAAGAGAAAGUCAAGUGAGAGCAAUCAAAAGAUAAAAGACAAGAAAAACUUGCAACAUUGUUUGGUCAGCUUUUCUCUGCUGUUAUAUGAUCUCAUAGUUGCAUCAAGGUCUUUCCCUGCAUAUUACUAGCAAUGUAAAUAGAGGGUAAUGACCAAUUCACAUUUGUUGGAUGGAAGUGAGAGUCUGUUCUUUUCCCUUCUUUUAGGUUUGUGUCACAUAGAUAGUAACUACUGGUUUUGGGUUUUCUCAAUUUGAGAGAGAAAGAGAGAGAGAUUGUAGAAGUUAUUACUAUUUGUUGGAUUGGUUGGUGUUUAUUUGUGAUGAGUGAUUUGUGUGAUAUGCUUCAUUGGAUUAGACAAUUUGUAUGGAUUCUUUGUGAGUUGCUUGCAAUAAAUUAUAUACACUGUUUACUGUA